AUGACGGGAAUUGAUUUAAUGCUUAUGGGCAUUUGUAUUAUUUCUAAUACGACAAAUUGUUAUCGAAAUCAUUCGCUUCUCAUUAAUGAUAAACGUCAUGAUUGGGAAUUUGAUUUGGACGUAAUUGAUUUAUCAACUACUGCACAAAAUCUUAAAUCCAAAGAUGAAAAUUCGUUACCAAAAGUUAUGAAAAUUACGACACUUGAUAUGUCACCGUAUUCAUCAAUUUAUGAAUUGAAUGGAAAAACAAUGGGCAAUGUAACGUCUUACGCAUUUUAUAUAUUUGAUUUGAUAAGUAAAAAAUUUAAUAUUACAUAUGAAAUUGUAAUGCCAGAUCAAAAAAUACUUGGAGACCACAAAAAGGGUGUCAUUGGUUUGUUGCAUGAAAGGAAAGUCGACAUGGCAGUUGCAUUUUUACCAAUAAAUCCUGAUAUGCAUCCUUAUAUAUCGUACAGUCCAAUGUUAACACAAAUUGAAUUAAAAGCCAUGAUGAGAAGACCAGAUAAUUCAGCAAUUGGAUCUGGUUUACUUGCACCAUUUACAAAACAAGUUUGGAUAUUAAUUGUCAUUGCUGUUAUAAUUAGUGGUCCAAUUUUUUUUGGCAUAAUAUUUUUAAGAUCGUGCUUAUGGAAAAAUUCAAAAACUGAUAAUUAUACAUUUUUACAAUGUGCAUGGUUUACUUAUGGUGCUAUAUUAAAACAAGGCUCAACAAUAAUUCCAAAAACAGAUUCAAAUCGUGUGUUAUUUGCCAGUUGGUGGAUAUUCAUAACAAUAUUAACAUCAUUUUAUACUGCAAAUUUGACUGCGUUUUUGACAUUAGCAGAAUUUACAUUGCCCUAUAAAUCAAUUACUGAUAUUGUAAAUGACAAAAGAAUGUGGUCAUCAACAAGUGAACACUAUAUUGAUUAUGCUUUAAAGCAGUCGAAAAUUGAAAAGUUUGAAAUGUUGAAAACAUCAUUCAAAAAUAAUUAUGGUCGUUUUAUUAAUAAACCAUCAGAUAAAGAAAUUUUAGGUAUGAUGUAUAAUGAAAAAAAAAUAUAUCUCGGUGAGGGUAAUCAUUUUCAGAGAAUGAUUGUUAAUGAUUAUCUUGAAAAUGUUAGAAAAAAAGAGCCUCAAAAUCGACGAUGCAAAUAUGUCAUUAUGCCGGAAAUUAUUUAUGAACAACCAGUUGCAUUUGCAUAUCCAAAAGAUUCUCUAUAUCAAGAAAAAUUUGAUAAACAAUUACGAAAUCUUGUGGAAACUGGUAUAUUUAAACAUCUUGAACAAAUGAAAUUGCCAGCAAUGCAUUACUGUCCAUUGAAAUUAAAUUCCAUUGAACGUAAAUUAAAAAUGAAUGAUUUAUCAUUAACAUACAAAAUAAUUGCCGGUGGUUUUACAUUGGCAACACUACUAUUAAUAUAUGAAAAAACUGGAUUACAUCUUUUACAAAUUUAUAAAAGUCGUCAUAAUAAAAGAAAACCAGUAUUGACAAGAAUUCCUACACAAACUCUACCAUUUGUAUAUCCAGUUAAUAAUUAUUUUGAUAAUUAUCCAAAUACUGGUAAUCCAUCACCAAUUUAUCAAAGUAUCAGUAUGAACAAAAGAAUAAUAUUUAAUGGACGGGAUUAUUUGGAAGUAGACUUACCACUUGGUGGCAAACGAUUAAUACCAACAAGAUCUCCCUCUGCAUUACUUUUUCAAUACUACAGAUAA